AUGCUCGGCGACCGCUUCAUCCACCCUCUUGCCGACCGGGAACUCCAUCCCCGCGUCAUCGUCCAGCUGGACAGCCUGCCCGGGCUGCUCGCUGAAGAUGACGAGGAUGCCCCCGCGUUCGACCUGCUCGUUCUGGACGAAUGCGACCCCGUGGUGGUCAACAAGCAUGCCCCCGAGAGGCCCCUCGAGUUUGAAUUCCUUCACGGCAAGAACGAAGGGCUUGACAAGUGGGAGGGGGCAAUUUUUGAGGCACUCGGGGCUGGGCGCAACGUCUUUGUCGUGAGCAUGUCCUCAGAAAAAGCGCGAGAGUUGGGGGCGGCGGUCUUGAAGAAGAGUCUUGUCGCGGAUGACCAGAUCCUGAUCAUCACCCGGCACUCGGACGGUGAAGUCAAACGAGGGCUGCAGGACGUGAAUACGCAGUGGCGGAAGCAGCUUGUGAUCAUCAGCCCCACUGUUGAAGCAGGCGUGGAUUUCAAUCAGGACUGGUUUCAUCAGAUGUUCAUGUACAUCUGCCAGAAGAGUACGCACCCGCGGGGCCUCGAUCAGAUGAAGGGGCGUGUACGAAAGUUGGAAGAUCAACGAGUCAUGUGUUAUGUUCAGGAGGGCAUCUGGCUGCCCAUCGUACCAAGGCCCUUGGAGGGCGGGUCCAUGACGAAGAGGAGCAAGUCGGGUAGGAAGGCAAGGUUGGGGCUCGAAGAGACCUAUCAGUGGUUUCUCAACCAAAAUCGGAGGGGCGGGCUGAACUGUGUGCAUCCGACAACCCGUCUUCUCACUCACAAUGAAAAGGAGAUCUUCAACGGACAAACGCAUUUCUACGAGGAGUUCACGGACUUGCUGCAGGAGGACGGCCACAUUGUCAAGGACGUCUGCGAUGAGGAGUUGGUUGACGAAGAGGCGGUCGAAGAGAAUCCGGGCUCUUCGGAAGAAAGGGAGCGUGGGGCCAAGUAUCUUCUGGAAGAGAUGAUCUGCGCCCCUAACAUCGCGCCAGCGGAGUUCGCUGACAUCGAAGCGCGGACUCGAAUGUACCAGAACCGGGAAGGGGAGUCGGUGCAGAUGGAGAAGUUUCUGCUGGCACGGUUCUACGACGUGCCAUUCCUCAGCGAGGAAUUCUUGCGGACCUUUGGGCCGAAGCCAAUCCAAGCACUCGACUUCCUGGAGCAAGUAAUCGAUGAAGACUUCAAGUACGACAGAAAUGAGAUUGGGCGGCAUAUGUAUCCUCCUCAGAUGGCAGCCAUGGCGAGAGAGCUCUUGGCGGUCAUGGGUUUCGAGCACGCGCUUGAUUCUGCUCACGAAACCGAUACUCUUAGCACGCUCAGGUCGCGUCUGGCCGGAACCGCCUUCUUCCGGGACUACUCAGAGAACGUCAAAUUGUUCCAUGCUCGAGCAGCUAGCAUCUCUGACGUGCUGGCAUCCCAGAAGACAGCCACAAUUGCUCUAAACCACGUCUUUUCGACGUUAGGAUUGCGCUUGGAGGCAAAGAAGUUUGGCAGAAAGGAGGUGGGGGAUGUGAAGGGUUCAAAGAACGGAAAGCGGAAACGGCUCUACCGAUAUGGAGGGCCCCUGGGGGUAGACCUGAUGGCUCAGUUAUUGAAGCUCCGUUUGGAGGCUUCAGAGGCUCUCAAGAACAGGAUCCCGGUGGUCCUGCGGGAGUAUGUGGAGCGGCUCUCGUUUGAGUGGCCGGAACUUGUCCAGCAUAAGAGGUGCGGUAUCACCGUAGGUCCAAGAGAGGAGGAUGAAGAGUAG